GUGGAGUAACAAGCCAACUUUACAAGCUCAAUAAGCUUCAAUGGGGUGGAUAGAGUAUUACAAGCCAGUGACAGUUAUGUUGGUGUUGCAGUUUACAUAUGCAACAUUGUCAGUAUCUGCGAGAGCUUCUCUCUUGCAAGGAUUGAGCCCAAGAGUUUUUGUUUUCUAUAGACAAGCUUUCGGAACUUUGUUCAUCACUCCUAUUGCUUACUUUUUUAGGACCAAAACAAAGAAUAGUUCUAUGGGAUGGAAGAGUUUCUCCUUGAUCUUCAUUGCAGCCUUAAUCGGAGUAACAGGCAACCAAAUGAUUCAAUAUGAAGGCAUGUACUUGGCUUCAUCAUCAGCAGCAAGUGCUUUGGCUAAUAUUAUUCCAGCCAUCACCUUUGUUGCAGCAUCCAUUGUUGGAUUUGAGCCAAUCGAUAUUAGAAGCUUCAGAACCAUUGCCAAAAUAUUAGGGACAGUUGUGUGUGUCACUGGUGCAAUUACAAUGUCACUCAUCAAAGGCCCCAAGCUUCUAAAUGAACAGUUGCCUCCAUCAAAUUCACUUUUGGUAAAUCCAAUUGGAAGAGAUAAUCUUUGGCUUGUGGGUUGUUUAUGUCUCUUUGUUGGCUGUUGUUGCUGGUCAUUUUGGUUGAUAAUUCAGGUACCGGUCACUAGAAACUACCCUGACCACUUAUCUUUAUCAGCUUGGAUGUGUUUUAUUGGAACGAUGCAAUGUGGAAUUGUUACAUUGUUUACAGAUCCAUGCUUGGAGGCUUGGAAAAUCAAAUCGUAUUUUCAACUUGGAACUUGUUUAUAUGCGGGUAUUGUUGGUUCCGGGAUUUCCAUAUUUGCACAAGCAUGGGUUAUCGAAAGGAGGGGUCCAGUAUUUUCAGCAAUGUUCAAUCCUUUAAACACAAUCAUUGUCACUGUUUUCGCUUCUAUAUUUUUACAAGAACAGAUAUACGUUGGAAGUGUGAUAGGUGCAUUUGGAAUCAUAAUUGGUUUGUAUGUCGUACUCUGGGGAAAAGCAAAAGAUGUAGAAAUGUUGAAAGAAGCAGGAGAGAAGAAGAUAUUAGAAAACGAUCAAAUCAAGAUUGUUCAAGUUUUGGUUGAUGGAUCCAACUUAGCUGAGCCCUUUUUGACCAAAUAAAAAACAAAGUGUAAACGGAUCAUGUACCACCUACUAAAAGCAUUAUUAACACAUAUAUAUACGUACAACAAAAACAUGUUAAAAUUAAAGAACUUAUGCCUCAGAUUUUCAUUUUUCUCAUCCCCC